GUUUUCUUCACCUACACAUCUUUCAGAUUUGGAACGAAUCUUCUUCGGUUCCCCUUGGGAAAGAAGGCUUUCUUUUUAGUUUUGUUGCUUUCACAGUUUGGGACCGACCCAAUAAGGGUAUUCUGUCAAGAUGAGCGAACCUCAGGGAAAUGAGGCUGAGAAGAACAUCGAGAUAUGGAAGGUGAAAAAGCUCAUCAAGCGCCUCGAGGCGGCUAGAGGAAACGGCACCAGCAUGAUCUCCUUGAUCAUUCCCCCCAAGGCCCAGAUCUCGCAGGCAGCCAAGAUGUUGGCUGAAGAAUACGGUACUGCCUCGAACAUCAAAUCUCGCGUGAAUCGGCAAUCUGUCCUCUCGGCCAUCACCUCGACCCAGCAGAGGCUUAAGCUCUACAACAAGGUUCCUCCGAAUGGUCUCGUCGUGUACUGUGGUGAAAUCUUGACCUCGGAAGGCAAGGAGAGGAAGGUCAACAUUGACUUUGAGCCCUUUAAGCCGAUCAACACCUCGCUCUAUCUUUGCGACAACAAGUUUCACACAGAGGCCCUCGCCGAGCUGCUCGAGUCAGACCAAAAGUUCGGUUUCAUCAUCAUGGACGGUAACGGAGCUCUGUUUGGCACUCUGAGCGGCAACACCCGAGACAUCGUCCACAAAUUCUCGGUCGAUCUGCCCAAGAAGCACGGUCGUGGUGGUCAGUCUGCUCUGCGUUUCGCGCGUCUGCGUGAGGAGAAGCGCCACAACUACGUCCGCAAGGUCGCCGAGUUGGCUGUGCAAAACUUCAUCACGGCCGACAAGGUGAACGUCGCUGGUCUCAUUCUGGCUGGUUCUGCUGAUUUCAAGAACGAUCUUAAUGCUUCCGACAUGUUUGACGGCCGUCUGGCGACCAAGGUUAUCAAGGUCGUCGACGUGUCGUACGGUGGCGAGAACGGCUUCAACCAGGCCAUUGAGCUUUCGUCUGAGACGCUUGGUAACGUCAAGUUCAUCCAGGAGAAGAAGCUCAUUGGCAAGUACUUCGAGGAGAUCAGCCAGGACACCGGCAGGAUCUGUUAUGGUGUUGAGGACACUCUCAAGGCCUUGGAGCUGGGUGCUGUGGAGACGCUCAUUGUUUUCGAGAACCUGGAAAUCACACGCUGGACUCUCAAGGACAGCACCGGUACCGAGAUCAUCCUUCACACUACCAAGGAGCAAGAGACUGGAAACCGGGAUCAAUUCAUGGACAAAGAAACCGGGCAGGAGAUGGAGGUUGUCAACCAAGAGUCCUUCCUCGAAUGGGUUGCCGAACAUUACAAGGACUUUGGUACUGCGCUUGAGUUCGUCUCAGACCGUUCCACUGAAGGCAACCAGUUCGUCAAGGGCUUCGGUGGUAUUGGCGGUCUCCUCCGUUACAAGGUGAACUUUGAGCAGCUAGCUGAAGUCGACGACGAUGACGACUACUACGAUGAUUGACAGACCGAAUCCCUCGUUGGGAACGAGGGAUAUUCUACUCAAGUAGCCGCGCCUGCAGAGUCGCCCGUCUCUGAGCAGCGUGCAUCAAAAAUGUCUCGGACCGAGCGACUGGCGAUGGAGAUGGAGCACAAGUCGAGCUCCAACACCAGCGUGGGACAUCAAGUCGUGCGCCCCAGCCCGCUUCGCUCUGUUAUGACGGCUUCUUGAGUUUGUGUUUACACGCGGUAGAUAUCAGAUUGUUGAGAUGAGAGCAUACACAGAGAGCGACCUCCCUACGCGAAACCCGUCAAAAAGGUCAAAGUGAGCCUCAAGAAGUCAGAUGUCAUUUUCAGGGCUUUGUCUGUGGUCUGUGCUCUGGACAAGACAAACGGGCGAGGAUAUCAGAGGAAAUUGGUGAAAUUGGACGUUCAUUCAUAUGGGCGUCUGCCUGGCAAAAGUGAGGAUACUGCGGGCUCGUAGGAGCGGGCGAUAUCAUUAGAUAGUCCACCAGCAGCUUGGACCUCGGCCACGACCUGAUGUGGAACUUGGUAUCCGUUAUCCAAACGUUUAUGUAACAUCUAGAUUGAGAAAUUCACCACUCGCUUGCAGUAUGCGCCCA